GUGUAAGCGUCGCACUUGAAGCCCGUGGCGUUCUUUUGCCCGUAUAUGUGCUCCCCUAGCUUCCAAGCAGCUCGGAAGGGCCGUGAAGCCAUCCUUGCACUCGCUUGGAGAGAAACGAACCGAAACACGACUGGGACUCCCGUCGCCCAAAAGGACGGAACCCAGAACCCCAAUGCGUGUCUCGCAAUAAAAGCAUUCGCAACCAGGGGCAUCGAACUUACUCAAUGUUGAUCUGGCCCGGGCUAGAAAAGGAAGACAUGGACGUGUCUUCCAAUGAGACCACCGAGGGAGGCUUCGGGUCGACGCAAAUGCAGGCGCUCUCCCACGAGAGCCUCGCCAACAUGAUGCUCGGCGUCAUUAUCGCAGUGCUCGUCGUCACGACUGUGUUUGUCGGGCUGCGGAUCUAUGUAAGGUCGCGGGUUAUCAAGAAAUGGGGUGCCGAUGAUACGAUGGUGACGCUUUCGUUUGCUACGGUGGCUUUCCAUGGGAUCAUGCUGUGUCUGGGUACCAGAUUCGGACUCGGAAAGCAUGUCUGGAUGACGCAGGCGCAAACAAUCGAGAAAGCUCAAAAGCUCGCGAUGUUCAUCGUGAUGAUCUACAACAUCGCCUUCGUCACCAUCAAGAUCGCCUUCCUCCUCCAAUACCGCCGAAGUUUCCCUCUUCUCAUGGUCGAGAUGUUGUGCAACGCUGGUAUCGCGUUUCUCGUCUUGUUUGGAGUAUCGCUAAUGGUCUCGGCGGGUAUAACGUACAGUUUGGUACUCAAGCGCGAGAUGACGGAUUCGCCCGUCAGUGUGUUGGGAUGGUGGCUUGCCAAUGCGUCAAUGCACCUGCUUACGAACAUCUUCAUCUUCGUUCUGCCGUUACCCUUGCUCGGUAGGCUGAGACUUCGGCGGGGAGAGAAGCUGGCUCUCGUCAUCAGCUUCGCCCUGGGGCUAUUAAUAUGCGCAGUAUCCAUCAUCCGGAUCGCAUAUCUCCCAGGGUCUUUUGACAUGGUCGACAUGACGUACGAUGGAAUAUCCAUCAUCCUCUGGUCCGUCGUGGAACUCUCAUGCGCGGUUAUCUGCUGCUGCAUCCCCACCCUCCGACCGCUCGUAGAACGACGACAACGAGGCCUGGCCGACGACUACGACGAUGCCACCAUCUUUGGCGGAGGUAUGUUCAGAGAGGACAUGACCUUCGGCGAGGGCUCGCAACGCGUUCGCCCUGAUAUGCGCGGUGCCAACAACGAGAGGAUAUCGUCGUCCAUCAGCUGCGCUUCAGAAACGGGCAUGAGGAAACCCGGUCCAACCUUUUUCUGGCUGCGCACACGGAAGCAGAGCGACCACUCGAGCAUCAACGGGCUCGACGACAUUGCGCCCAUGCCCACGCACGCGGGGCCUAUGAUGGCGGCUGCCGCUGCCGCAAUGCCGGUGGUGGAGGUUCACGGGGUCAGGCGGGAGAGCGAGUAUGGAAUCAUCGUUGUGGAGAGUGAGCGCGUCGAAGGGGGGGUGGAACGUGAGCGUGAGAUCCCUCGACGGGCGAGCGUGAGGAGUAGUCUGCGUAGUGACAGCAGUCUCGGGGUGGCGCUGCGUAGAGAUUUGAGUGUGAGGAGGCACAUGAGCAUAGCGUUGACGGAACGGGAUUCGGAUGAUGAUGUGUACUACUUUGGUGUUAAUGAGGAGGAUGUGGACCUGGAAUGCCCGACGCCACUGAGUCCGCCGCCAAAAUGUCGGAAAUCGACCAGUUCGUGAUGGAUCAAAAGAUGUCUAUCUGUUUAGACUUUGUAAAACAUACUGUACGGCGUUUGGGCGGUCGGAGUUUCUUUCCAUUGAUGGCGAUUUUGGAG